GCGCUGAUGUUCAACAACGAGCUCAUGGCCGACGUGCACUUCGUCGUGGGGCCCCUGGGAGCCUCCAGGCGCGUGCCCGCCCACAAGUACGUCUUGGCCGUGGGCAGCUCUGUCUUCUAUGCCAUGUUCUACGGGGACCUCGCGGAAGUCAAGUCGGAAAUUCACAUUCCCGACGUGGAGCCUGCUGCCUUCCUGGUCUUGUUAAAGUACCUGUACAGCGACGAGAUCGACCUGGAGGCAGACACAGUGUUGGCCACGCUGUAUGCUGCUAAGAAGUACAUUGUGCCCGCGCUGGCCAAAGCCUGUGUCAACUUUCUGGAGACAAGUCUGGAAGCCAAAAAUGCCUGCGUCCUGCUGUCCCAGAGCCGGCUAUUUGAGGAGCCUGAGCUGACCCAGCGCUGUUGGGAGGUCAUCGAUGCCCAGGCCGAGAUGGCUCUGCGCUCCGAAGGCUUCUGUGAAAUUGACCGGCAGACACUGGAGAUCAUUGUAACCAGGGAGGCCCUCAACACCAAGGAGGCAGUGGUGUUUGAGGCUGUCCUGAACUGGGCCGAGGCUGAGUGCAAGAGGCAGGGCCUGCCAGUCACCCCACACAACAAGAGGCACGUCCUGGGGCCAGCUCUCUAUCUUGUCCGAAUUCCAACCAUGACCCUGGAGGAGUUUGCCAAUGGUGCUGCACAAUCAGACAUCUUGACCUUGGAGGAGACCCACAACAUCUUCCUGUGGUACACAGCAGCCAACAAGCCUCUCCUUGACUUCCCUCUGACCAAGAGGAAGGGCCUGGCCCCACAGAGGUGCCACCGGUUCCAGUCUUCUGCCUAUCGCAGCAACCAGUGGCGGUAUCGUGGGCGCUGUGACAGCAUCCAGUUUGCAGUGGACAGAAGGGUGUUUAUUGCUGGUCUGGGCCUGUAUGGGUCCAGCUCCGGGAAAGCCGAGUACAGUGUGAAGAUAGAACUCAAGCGGCUGGGAAUGGUCCUGGCGCAGAACCUGACCAAGUUUGUAUCAGACGGAUCCAGCAACACCUUUACAGUCUGGUUUGAGCACCCAGUCCAGGUAGAGCAGGACACCUUCUACACUGCCAGUGCUGUCCUGGAUGGCAGUGAGCUCAGCUACUUUGGGCAAGAGGGGAUGACAGAAGUACAGUGUGGGAAGGUGGCUUUCCAGUUCCAGUGCUCCUCAGACAGCACCAAUGGGACUGGGGUCCAGGGUGGGCAAAUCCCAGAGCUCAUCUUCUAUGCAUGAAGCCAUGAGAGGGCUUGCCACCUGCCCUUCCUUGUAGGAGGCCUCCUGGCAAGUGUGUGGGAGGUGCAGGACACUGCUGACUGCCUUACUGACACUGGUAAUGCUUCUCCCAGCAGCCAGGGCCCAAUGUCCCCAAUGGCUGAAUCCUAGGUGUUUCCUGUACACUGAGGUACAUGCCUCAAGAAAGUGGGCAGGUAUGAGGCAGGCCCCAGACACCUGCCCAGUGGCAUUCAACAACUUUGAGGGUACAUGGACAUUUCUCCUACCCUUCUGGAUUCUAAGUGGCUCCAGGCUUACCUUGAGACUUUUCCUUCAAACCCCAAGUUGCUGAAAAGUCACUUAAAAUACUUUAUCUAUUUAAGUGGAUUUUCAUAAUAAAGGUUUAACAAAACCA